GUAUGCCCACCAAUCCUCGCCGCUUAAGUUUUUAGGGUUUUUAUUAACAGUCUCUCACUAUCUCUACGUUUUUCUCUCACUCUAAACAAACACCAUGACUGCUCAGACGCAAGAGGAACUCCUCGCUGCCCAUUUAGAAGAGCAGAAAAUCAACCCUGAUGAACCUGUUGUUGAGGAUGAAGAAGAAGAUGAUGAUGAAGAAGACGAUGAUGACGAGGGAGAAGAUCAACAAGAUGGGGAUGUCAGUGGUAGAUCCAAGCAAAGCAGAAGCGAGAAGAAGAGUCGUAAGGCAAUGCUGAAGCUUGGAAUGAAACCCACCACUGGUGUUAGCCGUGUUACAGUGAAGAAAAGCAAAAAUAUUUUGUUUGUGAUCUCAAAACCGGAUGUUUUCAAAAGCCCAGCAUCUGACACGUAUGUUAUCUUCGGUGAGGCUAAGAUUGAAGACUUAAGCUCGCAACUACAAACACAGGCGGCCGAGCAGUUUAAAGCUCCUGACCUAAGUCAUGUAGUCUCCAAGCCCGAGUCUUCAUCCCCUGCUCAAGAUGAGGAGGACGUGGAUGAGACAGGAGUGGAGCCCAAGGACAUCGAGUUGGUCAUGACACAAGCUGGAGUCUCUAGGCCAAAGGCUGUUAAGGCGCUCAAGGCUUGUGAUGGGGAUAUUGUUUCUGCCAUCAUGGAUUUGACAAACUAAGGCCUGGUGUUUACACCUUGGACCCGUAAGGCGUCGUCAGAGUACCACCGGUGUUGAAAGAUCAGUUUUCAUAUUUCUCUACAAAACUUAGCACUACUAGCACCAGCAAUAGUCACAGUGCAUAACUGAAUGACGUUUCAGCAGAUUGUUGUGCACACAGCCUGCUUAGAUUGUUGACGUUUCAGCAAUUUCUCUGCACGAGAGUUCCAACUGAUGCAAUUGAAAAUUUCUAUAAUCCUAUACUUGCAUUACAUAGAGCUGAAGUCAGGGGUGUGCUUCUUAGAAGUCAGCUGGCCUAUAGCAAAGAGGGUGAAGGUUCGGUUUUGUUACGAUGAAUGAUAUCCUCUGUUGGUAAGCGAAAACUUAUUCCAUGGAGAAUCCAAAGGAUCAUUGAUGAGAUUAGGUACGAACUGAAGCUCAAGCUCAACUGUUGAAUGGAUGUUGCAAGUUGCCCACGUCUGGUUGCUAUUUAAUUGCCAUGCCCAACAGCUGUACACGGUCUUUGGGAUGAUU